AUGGAAUCAUCCCUGUUUUCCUUCUUCACUUACUUUCCGUCUCUCUCAUCCGCUCUCCAUCUAUCUUUCCGUUCUUCUGAGUCCUCGGGGGGUUUGCGGAACCUGGACUGA